AGUCAUAUUAAUAUCUAUCUAUUUAUUAUUUUGUGUGUGAGUGUGUGAUAAAAAAAUAUGAAAGUUUCUUGUUUUAUUUUUUAGAUAAAAAAAUCUUUUUGUUUUAAUUUAAAGAUUUUCAUUAUGGAUGAUUGCAAGCCAUCUUGCCAAGUUGCAGAAAAUGUUGAUAAUAAUGACAAUGAUCAUAAUAAUAAUAAUAAUAAUAAUAAUAAUAAUAAUAAUGGUAGUGAGGCAAAUGAAGAAAAUAAUCAAGAUCAAAUCAAUGAAGAUGAUGGACGUCGAGUGGAUGACCAUGUCAAUGAUCCACAACCUAGUACUAGCACACAAGAAAAUGAUAUUCAAUUAAAUAAUUUACAGCCAAAUGAUGAUACAGAUGAACCUCAACAACAACAACAACAACAACAUGAUAAUAAUUCUUCAAGGCUAGUUGUAACUUCAAAUCCAGACUCUUGGAAGACAUCAAAUGCAUUUUUUAAUUAUGUUGCUGAUUUCAAAGCGAGUUAUCAAAAUGAUAGUAAAAAUUUAAAACACGUUGAGAUUAUUCAACUUGCUAGUAAACGUUGGAGAAAUAUGUCUGAUGAUGAAAAACAUCCAUAUAUUGUUGGUGCAAAUAUUUUUAAAAAACAAACUAUUUUGAAACCUCAAAGUGCAAAAAUUAAAGAUGAUGAUGAUGUUGUUAAUAAUAAACGUAAACGUAAACGUCAAUCAACAUCAAAAUCACGAGUAACAAAAAAAAAACAACCAAUAAGAAAAGCUAAAACUGUCAAAGCAAUAUCUGAUGAUUCAGAUGAAAGUGAUCAACAAGCAACAAGUGACUCUGAUGAUUCUGAUAACGAUAAUAACGAUGAUGAUGAUGAUGAUGACGAUGAUGAUGAUUCAAGAAAAACUACAGAUAUGGACAGUGAUAAUGAUUCAAUAAAUAGCGAUAUGUAACAUUCGUCAUUGUAUCUUUGAAUUUAAAAUUAAAAUUAAAAUUAAAUAAAUAAAUACAUUUUUA